UCAACUUACGUAGUUAUGAAGUUUUUAUAUCUGAUUUUAUUGGCCACGGCAGUGACUGGCCGAUUCACCGAUGAUUUAUACCAACUUUUGGCCAAAAAUUGUACAAACAAGAAUCUUAUUACCUCGCCCCUUUCCGUCGAUAUUGCCUUGGGCAUGACCUACAUGGGAGCGGGGGGAAAUACAGCCCGAGAAAUGAGGGAUGUCCUGAAGUUACCCGCAGAUAAAAAGGAGGUGGCUCGUAGAUACAAGCAACUUCUGACAAAUCUCGAGGGUCGCGAGAAGGUAGCCAUCCUCGACCUGGCCAACCGCAUAUACGUCAACGAUCGCUUCACUAUAAAUCCGGAGUUUAAUCAAGUGGUCAAGGACUCCUUUAAGGCUGAAGCGAAGGCUUUCAGCGUAAGUGAUCCCAAAAGAGCCGCUUCGAUCGUAAAUAAGUGGGUGAGCGACCAGACGCGCAGAAGGAUUAAUAAAAUUCUCAAGAAAGAAUAUAUAAAUUCGGAUCUGGUAAUGGUUCUCCUGAAUGCAAUUUACUUUAAAGGCCAGUGGAAGUACGAAUUCCCCCCAAAAAAUACCAAAAAGUCCGAUUUUCGAACUGCUGACAAUAAUAUCGUUCCUGUUCAGAUGAUGCGGCUGCGUGCCAAGCUUAGGGCGGGAUAUGUUCGUAAUCUGGAUGCCAAAGUGAUCAAGCUUCCCUACCGGAGCUCAAACCUCUCCAUGGUCAUCUUCUUGCCGAAAAAAGUCGACGGGUUGCCAGAACUGGAGAGCAAGAUCGCAGGCUUCUCCCGAAAGCUUCGAAGGGUGAUUGUGAAUUUAAAGCUUCCAAAGUUUAAAAUCGAAUUUUCCUCAGAGCUAAAGGAUACCCUUCGGACGAUGGGCAUGCUUGAUGCAUUUUCUCCAACUGCAAAUUUUAGUGGUCUAGUAAAAGGGGACCAAUCCACGAUAAGCAAAGUUAUGCACAAGGCCUUCAUUGAGGUCAACGAAGAAGGUGCCAAGGCAGCGGCUGCAACAGCCGUAGUAAAGGUCAAACGAUGUGCGACUUGUAGGCCACCGCGUCGCUUGGAUUUCAAAGCCGAUCAUCCAUUUGCUUACAUCAUUCGCGAUGAUGACACCAUUUACUUUCAGGGACAUUUCGUAAAACCAGGAAAAAGAAUUUUUGUGAAUUUUCUCUGUUUUCUGUCCUCGUUAGGAACAGCGGUCCAAAUGAAGUUUCUAUAUCUUAUAUUACUGGCCACGUCAGUGACUGGCCGAUUCACUGAUGAUUUUUACAACCAUUUGGCCAAGGAUUAUGCCAACAAGAAUCUUAUUUCCUCGCCCCUUUCCGUCGACAUUGCCCUGAGUAUGGCCUACAUGGGAGCUGGGGGAAAUACAGCCCGAGAAAUGAGGGCUGUCCUGAAGUUACCCGCAGAUAAAAAGGAGGUGGCUCGUAAAUACAAGCAACUUCUGACCAACCUCGAGGGUCGCGAGAAGGCAGCCAUGCUCCAUCUGGCCAACCGCAUUUACGUCAACGAUCGCUUCACUAUAAAUCCGGAGUUUAAUCAAGUGGUCAAGGACUCCUUUAAGUCCGAAGCGAAGGCUAUCAGCACAAUUGAACCUGAUAAAGCCGCCUCGAUCGUCAAUAAGUGGGUGAGCAACCAGACGCGCAGCAGGAUCAAAACCAUUAUUGAGAAAGAGCAUAUAAUUCCGAAUGUGGUAAUGGUUCUGUUGAAUGCAAUUUAUUUUAAAGGCCAGUGGCAGUAUGAAUUCCCCGCUAAUAAUACCAAACAGUCCGAUUUUCGAACUGCUGACAACAAAACAGCUCCUGUCCAGAUGAUGUCGCUAUCGGGCGCGUUUAGGGCGGGAUUUUUUCCCGGCUUAGGUGGCAGAGUUAUCCAGCUUCCAUACAGGAAUUCAAAUCUCUCCAUGGUCAUCUAUUUGCCGGUAAAAGUCGAUGGGUUGCCAGAACUGAUGAGGAAGAUCGCAGGCUUGCCCCUAAGGCUUCCACUGAUAAAUGUGCACUUAAAGCUUCCAAAGUUUAAAAUCGGAUUUUCCUCAGAGCUAAAGGAUACUCUUCGGACGAUGGGCAUACGAGAUGCAUUUUCUCCUAAAGCGGAUUUUGGAGGUCUAGUUAAAAGGGCCAAUCCCCAGAUCACCAACGUCAUACACAAGGCCUUCAUUGAGGUUAACGAAGAAGGUGCCGAGGCAGCGGCUGCAACAGCUGUAGUAUCGGUCCCUAUAUGUGCGACUUGCGGGGAACCAACGCCCUUGGAGUUCAAUGCUGAUCAUCCGUUUGCCUACAUCAUUCGCGAUGAUGACACCAUUUACUUUCAGGGACACUUCGUAAAACCAGGAAAGUAAAGUUGAUAAAAGGAGUCGUUAACCCAUCUUUUAACAAAAAAAUGUUCUUUCCUUCAAAAACAAAUACACUUUAUUGACAGAAGAA